AUGAAUCUUGAGCAGUAUAAUUUGAUAACAGAUCCUGUUAGUACUGAGAAAGUCGUAUAUGAAAUAGACAUUAUUACAGAUCGAGCAGCACAAUACUGGUGUGAAGGGCAUACAGCAAAUUUCUCUUUUAUUCAAUCUAAUAUUAUUACAGUUAACCCUCAAGGGGAUGAAGUUCAUGUUUUUUCUCUUACUAUAACUGUAUAUUUUUGCUUAGAUGAUUUUGAAGGUAAUGGUGAAAUUAUUGUGUCUGAAUUAUGUUCUAACUUAACAGAUAUAUUCAAAGCUAAAAAAGUUAUACUUAUGGCAUAUUUAAAUUACAGUUCAAAUUAUUUUACUCUUUUAUUGCAUUUGCACAUUGCUGUAGAUAAUAUUUAUGAAGACAAGGCGAGAAACAUUGAAAAAAUCUAUAAUGCCACACUUCAUAUAGCUGAAACAGAACUUCCAAAAUACAAUUAUAUACUUCUCAGUUUAGCAAGUUCUAUGUAUUGCUUGCCAACGACUUCCAUUGAUAAGUCAAUUAAACUCAAUUGGGACCUAACACCAAUUGGACAUAUCGUUGCACCUAAACAGUUUUGUUUGCAAGAAAAUGGAUUGCCAGUCAAAAGAUUAUGUAAUGGAACAUAUAUGACAGGAAGCUUUUGGGGUAAUGUAGAAGGAAACUGUAAUUUAAAUUAUCAACCUUCCGAUACAACCACUUUUUUAUACAGAUUCGUUACAGGGCAAGUCCCUGAGAACUAUACAUCUCGUUUUUUGACUGAUGGUCUCGGUUUUGUAUUGCGCGAUGUUGAUAUAAUAAUACCAGCGGAUAUUUACUAUCUAUCAAUGUCGUUACAGCAUAUCUUAAGUAUUGCUCAAGGAAAUCUGACGUCAAUAGAUAUGGGUAAUAUAGAAAAUAUAGCAUGGGUUAUGGAUAGAGUUAUGGUGCUAAAUAACAAUUACUUGCGAUUAGCACAAACCCUUAACUCAACAAAUGUUAUAUUAGAUUCAUUGAAUAAUAUAAUAGAAAUAUUGGCUCAUAAAGACGAGAAAAUAGGUAAUUAUUAUCAUUGCAUGGAUGACGACUUUGACUAUCAACUUGCAAUCCAACCACAAUUCAUUUUACAAAUUUCAUAUCCCUCUAUUAAUAAUGUAAGUGGUAUAGCUGUAAUUAAAUCAGUAACGGACAAUGAUUUUUUCAUGGGCGUGGAAAUAAGACCACUAUACAAAAAUACGAGUUUAGAAGAAGUGAUGUCGAUUGAGAACUUAGAAAUAGCUACUUGGAUACCAGACGCAGUACUAAGUAGUGUUAAAAAAAUUGAAAAUGAAUGCGAUAGUGAAAAAAGUGUAGAUGAAAGUAAUAUGCACGUAAUUAUCAGCGUUUUCCAUAAUGAUGCCAUAUUUCAAGAAUUAGAAACAAAUUUAUACCAUGUCAAUAGUCGAAUUAUAGGUAUCUCUUUGCCAGGUUUUUUAACUAACCUUAUACGGCCUAUACCUUUAAUAUACAGAGAUUUAAAUCCAACAUCUUCAGAAAAAUUUUGUGGUUUUUGGAAUUUCCAACCACAUUCAGUGGGAAAUGUUCCAGGUUAUUGGUCUAACAGAGGGUGUAAUUUGAAAAAAUCUGAAAAGGGCUUAACGGUCUGUGAGUGUGACCAUUUAACACACUUUGGCCAGUUGUUCAAUAUUGGACGAAAUAAAAACAGAACUGAUUCUGCUGCGGAUAAACAUACCAAACCGUUAAAUAUAAUUUCAUUAGUAGGUAGUUUUCUUUCAUUGCUAGGCAUAAUGGGCAUUUGGAUUACAGCUUCAGUAUUUCAUAUAUGGAGAAAAAAAGCAAGCACAAAAGUUCUACUACAUCUUUCCACCUCUAUCGCUCUACCUCUGAUAUUCAUGACUGUAUUUAACUUGGACAAUACUCUUUUUGUAAAAGUUAAUGAUAUUUUCAUUGUUUCUAAAGAGUUAAGAACAGUUUGUAUUUCUUUGGGAGCUCUAUUGCAUUAUUCAGUUCUUGCAAGUUUUAUGUGGAUGCUGAUAACAGCCGUUUUACAAUUUAUAAGGUAUGUAAAAGUUUUGGGGGUAUAUCGACCUUCCAGGUUUAUGAUAAAAUUUACUUUAGUUGGAUGGGGAACACCUAUAAUUCCUGUAAUGAUUGUUUUAGCAUUAGAUAGAGAAAACUAUGUACCUAAUGCAUCAUUAGGAGAGUCGAACUCUUUAAUUUGCUAUCCUAGUGGAUUUUAUUUAAUCAUUAGUGUCGUUGUGCCAAUAUGUAUGAUUUUAGCUGUAAAUAUAACACUAUUUGUCUUAGUUAUUUAUGCUAUAUCUAAAGGUCCAGACGGGAAAAUAAGAAGGGCAGACAUCGACCUUAUUGGUGCUCAAUUAAGGCUGUCUAUAUUUUUAUUCUUUUUACUGGGGUUGACGUGGAUUUUUGGAGUUCUCUCUUUUACAAGCAACCCACUUUGGUCGUAUCUCUUUUGCUUAACUUCUACUAUGCAGGGAUUUGUACUGUUUGUUUAUUUUAUAAUAUGUGACGCCCAAACAAGAAAUUUAUGGAUAACAUUAAUGAAACCGCAGUUUCAGCCCGAAUCUUCGAGAAAAAGUAUCUCAAGUAUAAGUAAUAACUAGAAAAUAU